AUGUGGGAUUUUUUUUCGUCAAUCACUGUGUGUUUCUUAAAUACCUGGAUAUUUUUAAAAAAAUAUUUAUAUAGUGCGCCAUACAAAAUACGAUAUCACCUAUAUUUCUUCAUAUUUUAUUUUAGCGCGUUAAUUUAUUUAUUAGUGAUUUGGCCCGUUUUCUUCCUUUAUCCUAAAAAUGUAAAAAUAGUGAAGUUUUUCAUAGGUACUUUUAAACAUAUCACCAAACUCUAUGACGUAAAAUGGGAACUACGUGGAGCUGAAAUAUUGGCUGAGGACCGUGGAGCCGUCAUUGUUUCCAACCAUCAGUCGACUUUUGAUGUCUUGGGACUGAUAUACAUUUGGGAAGUGGUAGAUAAAUUGACGAUGGUUGUGAAAAAGGAAUUAUUAUACCUUAUGCCGUUUGGGCUAGUAGCUUACCUUGCCGGAUUUAUUUUUAUAGACAGAAAAAAUCCUGAACGGGCUUAUUAUCAACUUCAAGCUACUACAAACGUUAUGGUUAAAGGAAAGACCAAGGUCUGGCUGUUUCCUGAAGGUACACGUAAUAGAGAUUACACACGCUUAUUACCAUUCAAAAAGGGAGCCUUCAAGAUGGCUAUUGCAGCUCAAGUCCCAAUCAUACCUGUUGUAUUCUCACCAUAUUAUUUUAUAAGUAAAGAAAGAGAAUUUUUGAAAAAUGGUCGUAUCGUUAUCCAAUGCUUGGAACCUAUAGCUACAAAAGGCCUUAGUCUAGACCACGUGGAGGAACUUAGGAAGCAGGUACAAGAUAAAAUUGCGAUUGUAUACAAAGACCUCUCUCGAGAAGUUAUGGCUAAUUUGACUCCAUCAGAUUAUCAACAUACAGUGGUGGGUGAAAAUUAA